ACAUGUUUCCAGGACUUGAUGCAUGUUCACAUGAGCGAUAAUGUUCUCCUAUGUCUUUUCAACAGCAUCCUCCUUGUUUCAUCUGCGAGGCACGGCGAGAAUGGAGUUACCGGUGGCGGCAGCCACGGACGAUGAACACAAUGCCACAGAUAAUGUGCCCGCCCAUCCAAAACACAUUGCGUGGUCACCACAACCCUAUCCAUCAGCAGAAGAACAAAAAUCUUGCGAUACUUCAAAAUCCCUGCCAAGUGAUGAUAUAUUUUACACCCCAGAAAUGCUCCAAGUCCUCUCCAGUGACGACUUGUAUUGUAUUCUAGGUAUUCCUAGGUCCCCAACAAUCGACAGAGUGACCAUAAGACGUGCCUAUCUUUCUCGCAGCAAGGCUUGCCACCCAGACAAAUUUCCCGGAAAUCCCGACGCGACGUCCGCCUUCCAAAAAGUCUCUGUUGCAUACGAUGUCCUCAGCAAUCCGUCCUCGAAACGCAUUUACGACUCCCGUCCUGCACACUCACAUCAUAACCAUGACUUCUUCGCCCAGUCCUCGCCCCAUGCGGACGAAACCUUAAAAGGUGUUUUGUUGAGCGUCUUCAGCGAAUUUCUCGAAGGUGAUUUCGAGAUGAUACGCACAUUACUCAGGGCUGUCGGUGACCUAAAUCCAUCACUUGAUUUAGGUGACGACGGCGUAAACUCUGUUCUUUCAGUCCUCCUGAGUGUCCGCGAAUGUGUCUUAACCUGCCGCACCUGCGUUGUUGCCCUCCACGGUGAACUUUGUCGCGCCGUCGAGAUACAAAGCGCCUUCCGCCAGCUUCCUUAUUUUGAUAUCGCCGGUAGAUCACGGCUCACUAUCCAACUGACACGCAUCACCAUCUUCCUACCUGUUACCCUCGAAGAUGCCAUGCAAGCUCAAUACACCAAUCCCACCUUUGCUCAUCCUACGCACUAUGACCGUGACAAGGACACAAACAAAUUCGCUUUGCUUCCCCGGCGUGUCGUUCUUCUCAUCAGGGCCAUCGAUGUGGUCCUGGACCGCAUGGAACGUAUUCUUGGAUAGACUUUGCAUUCUUCAAACACUAACUUUUACUGACAAUUAUAUGUGCACGCUUCAUUCGUUUCUCAUGUUGUAUCAGAGAUGUUCAUCCCUUUCUCCCUGCUAAUAUACGCAUAGACUACUUUUAUGAACACACACUCCCUACGUUCACGCAUGUAUUCAUACCACACGCC